AAAAAAUUUUAAUGUUUCGCAGUCAAACAAAAAAUUUAUUUAAAUAUAAAAAAGGAAUAUCGAGGAAACAAAUUAACAAGUGCAAAAAAUAAAUAUGAAAAAGAAUAAAAAUGCAAAACAAAAAGAAAAUUCUUCGAGAUGCAAGUACAAAAUGUUAUUUUAUAUUGAUAAUACGGAUGCAUUAUAAUCAUAUAAUGAAUAUAUGCAGAGAUUUUAUCCCCAGUUGAAAGUAGAACCAAAAGUUUAGGGCCUAAAGAUAGAAGAAAACAUAGAAUAAAGCACUAACAUAGUCGAAAAUAAUACAACAUAAAAUAAUUUGAAAAACAACUAACUUGAAGAUUAUGAUGAACUUAUUCAACAGUUCUUAAAAUACUCUCAAUCUAACGUUUACAAGAAUAUUAUAUAUGCAUUUUAGAAACAUAUCUCAGAGCUUAAAGAUGAAAAACUGCAAUAAAUUUAUGAAAAACUGACUCCUGAUAAAUGGAAAUUUUCAUAUAUAUAAUUAAGGGCUUAUUAAAAUUUUAAAAACUGUGGUAGAUUUAACUUAAAAAUGAAAAACUUAAUCAAAAGUAAAAAUCUAAAUAAAAUAUUUUCUUUUUUUUUAUAAAAUGCCGAAAAUCUAUGGAUGAAUGGCUCGAAGCUUAAGGAUAAAUCACAACAUUUGGAUGCAAUACAAAUAUUAAUGCAAAUAUAAUAGAAUCCUGAAAUAGUUAAAAAUAUAGAUAAUUAUAAAAAAUCAAAAAAGAGUGAAAAAUGAAAUGUGAUAGAUUAUUUGGAACAUAUAUUCAUACCUUUUUUUAAAAACGCAAAUAUUCAAAGUUUAUUGACAAAAAUUGUUACU